UUGAAGGGUCUUGAUAGUGACGCAUUUCGCAUACCAACAAUCUCUCCUUUCGCCCACGUAUAUAAUUAUCAUAGCAUUUUGCAGACUACCACAAUCUCCCAUCUCCGAAACGGGAUUUCCUGCAUGACAUCAGCACGAUUCUGUGAAAUUCUUAUCUCUGAUUAAAAACGGUUAUUGGUGAAGUGUGAAAGUAAAAAACUCAAAAGCACGAUGAAUCAUGAGGCUAACGUGAAUUAUGAGGAUCGCAUUAAAUUCACAAUCGCUCUAAUGACAAAAGACUACGUAAAGGCUUGCGACAUUGGAGAUCGAUCUCCAGAAGAAUACGAAAGGUCGAGUUUAAUUGAAUCUGUCUGUGAACAUGAGGGAAGUGACGUAACCGAUACCGGCGACGAUACUGAUUUUAUAGACGGCGAUGCAGAUAUUCGUAUCGAUCCAAUGGUGGCAAAUGAUACCGUGUCACGUGAUACAUCUCGAUUGAAUAACGACAAAGGCAAGAGUCGUUUCGAUCUCAAGCAGAAAAUGCACAGAGUAAUACCAAUAAAGGUGAAUAAACAAGUUAAGCAAAUAACCGCAAAGGGUUUCACGAGCUGUUAAGAAAUCAGUCUUAUAUACUGUUUUAUAUAUUAGAAAUUUAAUUACAAAAUAAGCACGUGA